UUUAGUACACGGUUACAAAGGACAUGGAGCCUUCCUUUUGUGUUAUGAAGGCCCAUACUACUCAAAAUUCAUGGCGAUUGAUGAUUUUGAUCUAAGUUCAAUGGAGUCUCAACCAAAACAUACUACAUGGAGCCUCAACCAACCUACCGUAUCCCCCAAAUCAAACACACCUAAGUUUCAUCAAACCACUCGAUCUGCUACUGUUUGUCUCACUAAUUUUUCAAAUCGUAGGAUGGCUGCUGACAACAAGAUGCAUUUCCUGAAGCUGGAGGAGGAGGUGGUGAUCCCGACUACGUUCAAAUGUGCCAUUACUUAUGACUUGCUCUUCAAACCGGUGGUCUUGGUUUGUGGACACACCUUCUCGUUCUGGAGUAUUGCUGAGCAUAUGAGCAUCUUAGUUGACACUCUAUGCCCCUUGUGCAAGACGCAGUUUGCACAUUUUCCAAAAAUAUGUGAGACUUAUCAUACUUUGGUUAAGAAAUUGAAACCAGCGGAGUAUGCAAGAGUUGAAGCGGAAUUUUUAGAACAAGAGAGAAGCUUGGGGAGAUCAUCUCCACCAGUUGAUGUUGGUUUGCAGGAUGAGCUUUGUUUUGAGUGUAACAAGCUACUAUACAAGCCAUCAGUCUUAAAUUGUGGACACGUUUGUUGCAAAAGCUGCUUGCCAUCUAGUGAUGGGCUAUUGGCAUGCAAGCGUUGCGGAAGUGUUCAUCCAGGGAAGUUUCCCUCUGUGUGCAUUUCUCUGGAUGAGAUCAUCCCAAGGUUUUGGUUACCGAAUGAGGUAAUUUUACCGAGGGGGACUGAUAAAUGUGGUUACCACGGUUACCGAGAAAUACCGACAAAUACCGAGAAUAUUUCGAGCGAAUUUUAUAGUUGAAUUUUGAAUUCAAAUAAGAAAAUGAACGAAUAUUCAAACCAGAGACCUCUCAAAACAGGAACUAGGUUGCUACCAACAUGCCAUAACCAACUUUCAUUGCAUUAAUUAGACCCUACAUACCUUACUGUAAAUCGAGUGUUUAAAUUCAAAAAUUUCAAAAAAAUGGUAUUUUUUGCUCGGUAUGACGAUUUACCGAGGGGCACGGAAAUACGUGGUAACCAUGGGAAAUCUUGAAAUUUCGACUGGUAACCAAA